ACAACCAAGACAAAAUUUACUACAGAAGAAGAGAAGUUGCAAAUGACGACAUCCCCUGUAAUUACAAAAUCAAAAAGUAAACCAAGAUGGCGAGUUGACUUGAAGAAAUAUAGAUGUGAUCUGUGUAGUCAGUGCUUUUCACGAAGUAACACUUUAGUUACUCACAGGCGUAUUCAUACUGGUGAAAAACCAUUCAAAUGCGACAAAUGUGGCCGUCAUUUCCGGCAGCAUGGCAACCUGACACGUCACAAGCUUACACACACCAGUAUCAAGCCUUUUGCAUGUCACAUAUGUAACCGGGCAUUUAAUCGAAGAUCAAAUUUAAAGACGCAUUCUAAGAUACAUCGCCAAUAAAGUUAAAAGCAAGCGAUUUUGGAAGAAUCUGAAUUCAAAACUACUCUAUAUACCUUGUUAUUAUUUUUGCAUCUUUGUAAAAUAUUGUCGCAAUACACAGCAGUAAAAAGCAUUUUCAAAAUUUUAACUUACUCGUUCUGGCAAAAUAAAUGGAAAAAUUUACAAGAAAAAAAAAGAUAGGAAAAGAGAAGAAAAAAGAAAUCAAGAAAUGCUCAAAUGCUUCCCAGCAAUUAUUUAAACUACCAAUACUUUCCAAGGCGUGAUGUUGCUUCGAUGAAGGAUAACACAUCUGAUGUAGGAACGAUUUAAGAAAGAAAAUAUGUAUCA